CCACACUGACAAACGGCUGGCCACGGAUUUGAACCUCUUGAAGAAGCUAGACCGGGUUCCUCUUUCAUAUUUUGCUCAGCCGUGGAUACCCACGUUACGGCCUUCAGCCUUGCAGGUGCUGUUUUUCUGUGUCAAGCGAAGUAACACCAGCACAGUAAUUUGUGUGUGGGCAGAACAGACAAAUUUGCACCGAGGAUUGCGCGAUCGAUGAAUAUCAUCAAAGAUGUAGAUCCCGGGUUAGCCACCCAGAGUCGGCGACAUGUUCAUUUGCUGAAUGCUUUAUCGUCAGCCCACUGUGUCGGUUUGAAGAGCCCUGUCUUCUCAACAGCUCACGCUAUGCGGAUCAAGGAACCAGCGAUGGCGUUUGUGUGUCUCACAAUGCAACCUUGAGAGCACCAUGCAUGCCAUGCGGCGAUGCAUGUUCCCGGCUCUGGCCAAAAGGUGCAGGGUGGUGAUGGAGGUGGCCCUGUCAGAGGUAUAACAAUGCUCGUCGGCUCGAGCUCGAGGGUUGAUUGUCCACUACUCACAAACCCAUUGUCGGCAAUAGCCUCACGGUUUUCAGUACAACAUGUUGGACAAAAUUCGUUCACACAUCGCACCUAGGAGUGUUGUUCAUGAAGCAGUUUCUGGAGGAGCAAUCAAAGAUUCGUCUCAGGUGGGCUUCGAUGCUGGUCCAAGCGAUGAAUCUCAACUUCAACCCACCCUCUCUCAGAACAAACGUCAAAUUGGUACCAUUUCCGCCUUCUUUCUGAUAUUCAACCGUAUGGUCGGUACCGGAAUUUUCGCCACGCCCAGCACCAUCUUUGCCCUCUCCGGUAGCGUUGGACUCGCCCUGUUCAUAUGGGUCGCAGGUAUGAUCAUCGCUGGCUGCGGCAUGGUAGUCUACCUCGAGUUCGGCACCGGUAUGCCUCGCAACGGUGGGGAAAAGAACUAUCUUGAGUUCGUCUACAGAAAGCCAAAGUUCCUGGCCACGGGAUUUUAUACUGGCUAUGUCAUCCUCCUGGGCUGGGCUGGCUCGAACUCGGUCGUGUUUGGAGAGUAUAUUCUGCACGCCGCCCAGGUUGAGGUGAACCGAUGGAACCAGAGAGGAAUUGGCCUGGCCUGCAUCACCGCGGCCUUUCUCAUUCACGGCUGUGCAUUGAAAUGGGGUCUACGUUUGCAGAACCUUCUGGGCGUCUUCAAACUUGUCAUAGUACUGCUCAUUGUUGUCUCAGGCUGGGCCGCACUUGGAGGCGCGCUCAAAGUUCCCGAGCCGCACAACUUCGACAAUGCCUUUGAGGGUACUACGGGUAGCGCUUACGGCGUCGUGACCGCUCUCUACAACGUCAUUUGGAGCUACAUUGGAUACAGCAACGCCAACUAUGCCUUGAGCGAAACAAAGGAUCCUGUUCGAACACUGAAGCGGGCCGCACCUACAGCUCUUAUUGCGGUCUCGGUACUUUACAUGUUGGUAAAUGUCUCAUACUUCGCCGCUGUCUCGAAAGAAGAGAUUGCAAGCUCAGGCCGAAUUCUAGCAGCUUCAUUCUUCCGCAACGUUUUCGGUAGUAGGGCAGAACGGGCGCUUUCGGUUUUCGUGGCUCUGUCUGCCUUUGGGAAUGUCCUUAGUGUCAUCUUCUCCCAAGGUCGACUUGUCCAAGAACUCGGUCGCGAAGGUAUUCUGCCGUUCUCACGUUUCUGGGCAAGCAACAAGCCUUUCAAUGCACCAUUGGCAGGGCUUUUUGAGCACUGGCUCGUCUCGGUGAUCAUCAUGCUGGCACCACCGCCGGGAGAUGCGUACAAUUUUAUCCUGAAUGUCAUCUCCUACCCACUGUCAAUCGUCAACUGCUUCGUCGCGGCAGGUUUGCUCUACUUGUACUGGAGGCGCACGGAGUUCAAUUGGGCUCCUCCGUUCCGUGCCACGUGGCCAGUUGCUUUGCUGUUCCUCCUCAGCAACAUCUAUCUUGUCGUGGCACCAUUUGUACCACCUGACGCGGGCCAAAAUGUCUACAAGAGUCUCCCAUACUAUCUUCAUUGUGUCGUCGGCAUGGGCAUAAUUGCCGCCGGGGGAGUAUACUGGUUGAUCUGGGCCGUCCUGCUGCCUCGGCUUGGGCACUACGAGUUGGUGCGAGAGACGUAUGUCGAUGAUCUGGAUGGCUGGGAACGCAAUGUCUUCUCCCGACGCAAAAUAAGCCCCAGGGAGAAAGGAAGUCCCAGCUUAAACUGAGACCAGUAUAGAUAGAAGUAGUGGAGAGUAAACAGGGGAAGCAGCAUCAAGGUGGGUACCUACUGCACAUGGGGAAACUACCAUACCUAACCCGCGCUCGUCUUCAUCUUGACAAGAAACGAGCGCGGACUCUCUCACAAUCUUUGCCGUCACUUCGAUCUCGAGCCAACUCCCUGAUUGGUCGUGUUAGGCGAACCUCGCUUGAUCUUGUGCGUAAGAAAGGAAUCAUA